UUUAAAAACGAUGGUCAUGGUUACAAGUAUUUCAGUGGGAAAGAUUUACUAAAGCCGUCAACAUCCUGUAAGCUUCAUCACAUGCCCUGCUGUGUCUCCGCCAUCCACCUGUCUGAGAACCUGCUAACAGACAGUAGGAAGAUAUCUGGGUUUUAGAAAACCCCAAAUCAGCAAACCCGAGGAAGACUGACAAGACUCCAAAAUGAUGGCUCAAGUGGUAGACCCUUACAUGAAAACUUUUCCUAACAAAAACACUGAAAUUCAAAAUUUACAGAAUCUGAGAAUGCCAAGGGUACAGAAAGUCCCCCCACCAGUAGAGGAUCCCGGGAUGAAAUGCAUUGACUGUGGGGCCUUUGGACACACUUUAAAAAGCAGGAAGUGCCCUAUGAAGACUUGGGAUGGUGCCAUGGUCCCACUGCCCUUGGGCUUUAGGAAGGAAAGGGAGAGCCAGAACCCACGAAAGCCAAAGAAUCCUUGGGGUCCUGACCCAGGGAAUGAGACAGAGAGAGAGAGAAAAGACAGAGAAAGACAAGAGAAGCAAAGGUGGGCGCUCCUGCUUAAAUAUCCCAAGAAGCCCCCAAAGAGGAGGCCGCCGUGUUGGAAGGAUUUGGCACCUUUUGGUAACCAUCUGAGGCGUCCAAACAGACCAACAUGUAUCCAUAUAAGGAGGAGAUCAUCCGCGAAGUCCACUCAAACUAAUCUGCCAUCAGUCAAGAAAUCUGAUGAGGAACACGUGUGUGAUACAGCACCUUCCAGAGAAGACACUAAUAUCUUACCUCUUAAGGAAGAGAAAUGUCAGACCUUGGAGGUCCCUAACAUGCCACAAACAGCAUUUGGGCACAGUGGUGAGAACCCAGCUUUCAGUGAGAAUCCAGCAGACCAAAGCACAAAGGAUUGCUUCUAUCGAGUUCCCCAGGCUGCUUCCAAAGUGCAGGAGAUGGGCCACAUGCUGAACACUCAGUCACUAGCCCAGUGUUCCAAUGAAGAUAAACACCCCUGUGUGUACUUCACCACACAUCCAGAUAGCCUCGAGGCAACCCAUGAGGGAAAUCUCCAGUUCCCCAGCCAGAUUAUCCAAAAUCCUCAGGAGAAAUGGCAAAUAAACUUAUCUCAGAAACAGCAGAAGCCUAUGUUGGAGGCUUUUCAUGAUGUGCCAUGUUCUAGUGCCAGUCAAAUUGACCCAAAAGGGUUACCUCAAGUGACCAGUGUUGAACAACAGCCUCCACCCAGCGGAGCUUUCCUGAAUUUCUCCCACUCUUUCACUGAGUCCUGUUAUACAAAGUCCAACCACGUUCCAGUCGAACCUGUCCGAAUGAUCUUCACUAGAUUGAGAACCGGCUACUGGAGCUCCAAGAUCUUGGAAGCUUCCUCAUCCCAUCCUCCUGAAAAGAAAAUGUCUCCGGAUAGGAUCUCGCCUUCCCUGAAGCACUUUGAAGGAUCGUACAUACCCCUGGGUCCCACUAAGCAGCCUCAUAAAUACCCUUCCAGCCUCUCCUUUGAGGAGAGGAAAUGAGGAGAUCACAUCAGAAGAAACUCUCUCCAGUCUCAGAGGGACUUGUGGAGGACUGUAGGAAGGAGGAGAGAGUAAAGGAAGCUGACUGAGCCAGUUGAGUGAGGUCCUUGGACCGGGAAGCAUAGGGACUGGGGGAAUCCCAUCAACUGAACAAUAGAAGUAUCAUUCAGAGCAUAAAAAACUGCACUUCAAAUGGAGUUUGCGGAGGGAAAAUGUUAAGGAGUCUCACAUGAAAUCUGUAAGAACUUGAGUUAGUAUGUACAUGUGUUUAUUCACACAUAAGUAGAAAGCCAGAAUUAAGCUGUUUAGCAUCCAAGUGUGUAUUAGUAGAAAGUCUGGAUGGUUGUAGGACUUACAUCUUCAUCCUGACCUUGGAAAGGCGCUCUUGACUCUCAGGUGUGUAGGCGGAAGCCGGCGUGAAGAAAGCUCUCUUGCACUUACACAGGCUCUUUAAUGACUUGUACAUAUGUUUUAGAAAUACGUUUCAGUGUUAUUAAAGUUCUAUAAACUAUACCAAAGAAGAAAGAAAAUGUACUCACUGCUACGCCUUCCCUAAAGUGCUGCAGCUGUCACUACUAUUAGAGUAGUCAGUCCUAAUAGUUCAUGGUGUUGCCUUCAUUUUAUAAUGAAAUUUUAGAACUGUGUUUGUUCUUGUUAUGAAGAUGCUAUAGUAGUAUUCAGCCUGGCUGUUUCGGUGAACACUAUAAUGGUCUUUUAAUGAGCAGAAC